AUGAAACCACAAGUACUUUUCAUCGGUGAUUUGAAUAAAUCAUUGCCGCAAUACGAUGAGUUCACCAAAAAAUUCGAUUGCAUUGAAUAUGAAUUAACUACACUCGAGCAAUUGAUCGAAGAUUUCAAGACCAAAUUUCAAAAUGUACAAGCUAUCUAUGGGGCAUGGUUAGGGUUCUUUCUACUCGGGGGAUUCCGCAAUGAGGUGCUCCAGAAUUCUCCCUCAAGCCUUAAAGUGAUUUCCAUCUGUUCGGUUGGGCAUGAUGGGUAUGAUGGUAAAGAAAUGGCUGAAAAAAAUAUUAUUUUGACUAAUGUUCCCUCGGACGGUGCUAGCGAACCGGUAGCGGAAUUGGUGUUAUACAAUGCUUUGUUGAGUUUCAGAAACUUCAAGAUCUUUCAGGAUAAUUUUUCAAAAGACACCAACAAUACAGUGCAGAUCAGAAGACAGUUAGAAACGGCAAGUUUCAAGUCCGAUAGUGGAACAACCACCUUAGGGGAGAAGAAAAAUUAUGCGUUUGGACAUUACGCCAUUAAUAGGUCUAAUUUAUCUCCACGAAACCAUAAUGUGAUAAUUGUAGGGUUUGGUAAAAUUGGGCAAACAAUUGGAAAGCGCUUGGCUGAGAUCGGUAUGAACAUUCAUUACACCAAAAGAUCGAAAUUGUCGCAGGAAGAAGAAGCACAAGUACCAUAUCCAGUUACAUACCACAAAACUUUAACAGACACAAGAGAUAUUGCCGACUUGAUCGUCGUUGCAUGUCCAGGAACACCAGAAACUAAACACAUGAUUAAUAAAGAAUCGAUUGACGCAUUCGCUAAGCCAAUCAGAAUUAUCAAUAUAGGUAGAGGUACGGUCAUUGAUGAGCAGGCACUUGUGGAUGGCUUAAAAUCUGGCAAAGUGGUAUUUGCUGGCUUAGACGUCUUUGAAGACGAACCAAGAGUUCAUGAGGAAUUGUUCGGGAGACAAGACGUAGUAUUGACCCCGCACAUCGCUGCUUCAACCGUCGAAAAUUUUGACCAUACAGCGAUUAUGGCCAUGAAGAAUAUAGAAAAUGUCUUAUUAGAGAAUGGCAAUGGUAUUAACAAAGUUAAUUAG